UAUUCACCAACUGUAGAAUCCAGCACUUCAGUCACUUGUAGAUCGAGCUGAGAGAAAGUUCUCAAAGUGGUUUCUCCUUGUUGACAGUUUAGUGGUGUUUUUCUAAUUCUCAUGGAUAAUCGCAAGACAUCGAACAUGUUCCAUCGAUUCUGGAAGUGGGCACAGAGGAAGUGCAAUGAUGAUGAUCAAACUGGGAGCCAAAGAAGACAGGUGGACCCUGAUGGCUUCACCAGUGAGUCCAGGAUCCUGGACACACAGAGGGCUAGGAGGGAUGCAUUGAUUGAACAUGCAGAAAGGCUGUGCAAUAUGGAGAAAGCACGUAAUGAUGCUGUUCUGGAGAGACUGGGACUCUCCAGACAAGACGUCACCCAGCCUUCACCUCCACCACCAGCUGCUUGCAGAGGGAACCCAAAAUCCUCUCUGCAUCGAAGAGGGAGACUCAGCCCUCUUCGAAAUGCACCUCGCCUGAAUGCAGAGCAUCUCAACAGGCACCAGAGGAGUCCUGAAAGUCUGGAUGAGGAGGACACCUUCUGGGAUGAGGUGCUUCUUGGAAGUCAGAUGGCUGUCCAUGCUUUUAAAGAGGCUCAAAUGGCAGACAGAGACCAAAGCCCAACUGCUUCCAUCAGUUCUGUGUACAGCCUCAGCUCAGUAGAUACUCACACUCCCAGUGAGCUGAGGGAGCUUUCUCUGAUGGGAAACCCUGUUGAGGUGACGCCAUUGAGACCUACUCCUCCUCCUCCUCGAACGACCCCUCUAACCAGAAGAAGAGUGAGUCGUCUCCCUGUGCCUUCCUUUGCAGCAGGUAAGGAGGCUACAAAGAAAGUUGAGGCUAUUGUGGAAAGUCUAGAGCGCUUCCAACUCAGCUCCAUCCUUUCACCUCGACCCCCAGCGACAGCUAAGAAGAUCCCUGCGGUGGUCAAAACGGCUGCCAGGAAGAUCCCUGCAGUGGUGCCAGCAGUUGCCAAGAAGACCUGUGAUCCUGCAGUGGAGCCAAAUUCACAACCGCAGGGGUCUUCCACGAUGGCGCCUUUGGCUCCAACCACUCGAAAAGGUCCUCAAAACAAAAAAAGAGGAUCUCGACCUGGGAAAAUUCUGCGCCCUGCAAAGGCUUUCAGUGGAACUGGCAAGAAGACCACCAGUGACUGCAGCCGCCAGACUGCGAAGGAUGAGAAGGAUGAGUUUCAGCCGUUGAGUAACCCUGUGGAGAGUCUGUCACUCUCCUUCCAGCUGCUCUCCUCAGACGACUGGAUGAAGAAAAUGGAGGGCUUGAAGACACUUCGCGUUCUGGUGAGGCACCAUCCGGAGACCCUGAAGACCAAACUCCACGAAGUGUGUUUGGUCCUCAUAGAGGAGGUGAAAAACCUGCGCUCUGCAGUGUCCUGUGCGGCUAUGAACACCUUAGGUGAUCUAUAUCUUCAUCUCCAAAAGAUAAUGGACCCUGAGGUGGAGCGAACAGGCCGGGCCUUGCUGUUGAAACUGGCACAAACCACAAAUGCUUUUAUUCAUCAGCAGGCCAAUCUUGCACUGGACGCCAUGGUGGAAAAUUGCAGCUAUGGUCGGACUCUCAGCGCUCUGUUGAACACAGGGCUGAGCCACCUUUGUGUUGCAGUAAGAGGGAGCAUGGCACAACACCUGCACCAGCUGGUUGAUCGCUGUGGAACAGCUCACAUCUUCACAUCAGGGAGAAUCUUCACUGAGCGAUUCUUCACUGCUGUCUCCAAGAUGUUUGUGGAUUGUGCACCAGAAGUGAGGCAUCAUGGACAAAUAAUCCUGCAGGAACUGGUCCUCCACAAGGAUUUUCUGAGCCUUUGGACAAAGAUCGUCCCAGAAAAGGAUCGACGUGCCCUGGACAAGAUCUUAAAGGCCAAGAAGGUUAAUGGAAAAGGAAAGGGGCAUCAUGAGCUAAUUAACUCCAGAGGGUGGCAGUAAUGCAACAACAUGCACGCAGAA